AUGCCAAAAGAAAAGACCACCUCUCUGCAGUCUCGCCUAAGCACAUUUAGAAAGGGCAACUGGAGCCUGGCACACCCAGACAUGAACGACCUUGCGUACGCAGGGUUCUCCAUGGACGAGUCUGGCACUGCCCCUGACGCUGUUAUCUGUGACUUCUGCAUGAAAGCCCUUGAGAACUGGUGCGAGUCUGAUGUCCCGGUCAGAGAGCACGAGAAGCACGCCUCCUACUGCCCUCUUUUCCAGCUGCACACUUUGCAGGGCCGCUACUACACGUUCCAGUUCGGAAACCACAACAUCAGCGGAUCAGCGAGAAAGGCAAUGGCUUCGCUUGGAUUCGUGUUCUACUUCAUAGAGAAAAAAUAUCCAAGUAUAUUCUGCUCAAACUGCGACUUUGCGUGCCAGAUUGUGGGAGACGAGAUGCAUCUGGCCACUCCAAGGAUAAAAGAGCUCCACAAGUGGCACAGCAUCGAAUGUGCAAAGAGCCGCGAGGGAAUAGAGGAGGAGAUUGGGAAUAACCUGAGGCCACCGAGAACAGAGAGCUUCUUCUACAGCCUUAUCUCAGGAAAGGUAGACUUUGACAAAAUAACAAAAUACAGCAUCCAUCUCACCACAGAGCUGAACAACAACAUAAAAAUAGAAACACCCACUUGGAGCGAGUACAUGACGAGUCUCUCCCUUCCAAAGAAAGAGAUGCUGUACAAGCACAAAGAGAGCUCAGAAGGAGAGAUAAAUGAAGGAGAGCACAGUGUGUCUGCAGAGCAAACAUUGCAGAGUAGACAGGAGCUCUCAAGCAGCCAUGAAGCAUCUAAUGCAAAUAUCAGCGCCUUUGAAGGGCACCCAUCCAUCCAAGCCUCUGCAGAGAAAGCAGUGCAGCACCCUGCAGAUGAGCCCAGACAGACGCUUAAAGGCCUUGCUAGAAAUAGUCUAGCUAUGCUGGCAGAAACAGGCACAGAGCCAGAGACCAAAGAAAAUGCAUACGAUGCACUACUAAUAGAAAAAAUAUCUGCAAUUCCCUGGGAAUCAGUGGAUAGUCCAGAAGAUGCACUUUCGAGCUCCAAAACAUCUGUGCAAGAAGUGUCCCCAGAUGGAAUUGUAACACAGCUCUGCUCCUUUAUAUCAGAGGAAGAAAAAAGCACACUGCGCAUUAGAGACGCACUUAUCCUUGGCCUGAAAAGAAUGAUAAAGCACAUCCGCAACAUAACCACGCAGGAUAUAGACAAUGUUACCUCAGAGAUACUCCAGAUGUUCUAG